CUCAACCUGGAAGCCCGUUCCUCAACUACAACCAAGCUCAAACCUUCGAGUCGCGAGUGCUUUUUAUACACUACACAAUGGCCGACCCCGCUAUCCAGGUCGCAGAGACCAUUCAAACCGCGUCUAUCAAUCGAGCGCCAUCCGCCCAGCGUGAUAUCAACCCGCCGACUGCUGCUUCGACCUCGGAAAAGAAGGCUGUCCCCGUCGAGCUUACGCCUUCCGAUGCUGACAGCAUCCCCUCGGACGUCGUUGACCAACACCACCGUGUGCUUAGGCCCGUUUCACGACGGCAUACUUUGCCCCCGCUACCUGAUCUGCGGUUCGAGCAGAGUUACCUUGCUAGCAUAAGGGGUGCGGACACAUGGGGCCGAGUAGCGUGGAUCACCAUCAGAGAUCAGGUCCUCUUUCCUCUUGCCCAAGGUACACUAUGGACACUGGCUCUUUCGGGCUGGCGUUACUGGAACCGUACUGCAUCGCUUAGCGGACAGACACUAGGGAGCAGGAUCCGGAGAUGGUGGUAUGAAGUGAAUAACUGGAAGCUACCGCAGCUGCCGAAGAAUCCAUCAAAGGCCACUGCUGCGCAGGUAGAAGACUUUCUGCAGUUUUAUACGGCGCAAUUUUCCAACGCUGGUUCCGACUAAGGUUCUGGAUUACUAGAAUCAGAUCAAUGGUGGCGAUGCCUUCCUCUUGCUUGCAUUCAAGGCGUUAAGGAUAUAAAAUGGUUUAUUUAUGUCAUAUAUCCCGAAUUCCCUCUGGAAUUGAUUGAGAUAACGUGUUGUACAUAUAUUGAAGAUACAGACGCCUCAGCCUGGCGCUGAUACGCUGACACCCUUGAUGGUCAUUAUCCACAAUAACCCUGUUGACCAGCGUCGAUUUUAUGAUAAUACAUUUAAGAAAUCAUCGCUAACGAGUACAAUGACUUACAUUCCUCAUACACAUCACGCUUUUCUAGACGAGGGUAGAUCUACCCAUGUAAGUCACUCCGUGCUUCGGAUCGCGCUAUGACCUAUAACCCACGGGAGGUUAUAAUAGUUCUGAUGUCCCUUGACUGCAUAAAGCCAGGUAUAUUAAACUGUUCCACCGUAUUGCUGAGGCGGAGUUGGUACAAAAGUGCCAGGGCCAUCUGCACUGUGUACAGUACCUUCACUCGCUGCUGAAGCAACCGGGCCAGCAGGUGCUGGGACAGGCGUAGCCUUUUGGUUCGCAUCUUCUGGAGGUUCUUGGGGUGUGUUCAAGAGUCCAUUGACGGACAACGGUUGCGGUUUGACAGCAGGCGGCGGUUCAGUAUGAGCGGUUGGCGCACCAGUAACAGUCCCUCCCUGGGUCGCGGGAUUAUGGCUGGUUUGCUGCUCUUCGACUUGGUUUAGCUCGCCCUUUCUGCCGUAUCUGAGCUGCACCACAAGACUAGGAGGUUCCCCGUUUGCCACGGAUUCAUCUCCACUCAGCUCUUCCUCAUCAUCACCCUCAAACUCAUUAUCAUCCUCCUCUUCACCGCCCUGCCACUCAUUUCCACUCGACUGUCCUUCGUUCGAGCCCUCGUCGUCAUCUUCUAAGCCGUAAUCCGUGUAUCCAUUUGCCCUGGUACUGCGAGUCCUCUGCUGCCUAUUGGAAUCAUCCUCAUCAACUGCAGGCCCGUCCUCUCGUUGGCCAGCAAGUAGGCUCUCCCCGUACAGGCCUCCUGUGCGCAAACGGAUCUGCCUCCCACUGGCAGUAAACCUUGGACCCGACGGCUCUGCAGGGGUGGAAAGGCUGGAAGUGUUGCGCCCCGAUCGCCGAGGCGCUGGAAGACCGUCAGAAAAGAUCUCCUCGUCAUCCGACUCACAAUGAACAUACCUCUUCCGAACCCUCAAAUCGAGGAAUAGAGUUCUUUAUCCUCUCACUUAGUUUCUUCGAAUUUGUCCCCUUCUCCUCUUGUAGCUUUUCUGCGACAGCUUGUAACUCAGGGAUCGUCCCGGCCACGCUCCACCAUGUUACGUUCUUCAAUGCUGGGUUGCUCUCGCGAUAGAGCCUAAAGUGUGUAUCAUCCAAACCCUCAAUGAGCCAAUACCGACGCUUCAGGCUAUCGCGGCCCCAUGGCUGCACGGACAGAGGUUGGUUUAGGUCAUCUUCGUGUCGUGAUUGCUUAUACGAGUCCUUGAUCUUCGCCUGCACAGCUUCGGAGGAUGAGAGGGACCAGAGGAUCAGUGACUUCAACAAUUGUAGCUAUUCCCGGUCAGCAUACCCCUCGUAAAGGACUGAGACCAUCAAAGACCACAUACACGUUCUUCCGGGGUCAUUGAGGCGAAGUUGCGACCUCCAUGUAGGGGGUUUUUGCCUUGCCAGGCUUUGGGCCACUGGGUCGCAUGUGUCUGGAUAGCUUCUUCCAACGGGCGCUGG